ACAAAAUAUCCUUCUAAAUACCACAGGAGUCAGAGCUGUUCGCAUCCUUUGUUUAUGGCCAAUGCUUUACCUGACCUCCUACUCAGCGGCUAGAUUCAACGGCUCCUCCGGACGACGCUGUGGAGCCCCAGAAGCUUUUGUGUGCGUCCGGUAGACCGGCAGGCCAUCCAUCCAAGGGAAUGAUGCUUCUCUAUGCUCCAGUAAAAUUCACAUUGGCUUUUAUCGAGUAAUCAAGAAGUCAUUGCCAAUCAUGAAAACGUGGGUCGAACAUGCCAGGUAGAGCUCUCUCGACGGUGUGGCGCCGCAAAUCGAUUUCUCUUGUCCAAGAAACAAGAGGCCAAUGGACCGCCCCAACAGGCACGGACAAGCGCCAUUGCUCGUACACAUGCUGAACAUUUUGCGUGAAGUCCGAUGGAAUUUACACACGAGACGCGAUUUUAGUGUCUCACAUCUUUUAACUUCUCUUUUCUUUGGUGGCCCUGUAAUUUGUUGCUGCAAGGCUGCCUAGUACGUUUCUUGCGUUCCGUGAGGACUCCCCCCCCCCCUUUUCAGACGCGCCAGAUGCCGACAGACACUCGAACUGGAAACUGGUCUUCUGCUUACUCAAAAUGGGGUCCUGAAGCCAGCGCCACGCCGCAGGGCUUUUCUAGCAGUAGAAAAUACCAUGAGCCCGCGCCUGCAGCAUCAUCCUCAGGUUAUAGCCGGUCCCGUCGAACGCGUCUUGGGGGUGCGAGAACGUCCGCUCUGUACCGGGGUGCCGCUUGCGGUGCAUAUCCUCAAUUAAACCGAAAGUCCUCGGCAACACGAUUACCACAGACGGCGGACAUAUCGAGGGACAUGGGUCGCCUGGCCGAGAAUUGCUCCGUGUCUUCUUCCAACUAUGCGACAAUAGCACUGUCUCGGGGGGUGUCCGGUUCUCGUGAUCUAUCCACGGCGGUCCCCAAACUAAAAAGAGACACGCCACAGAAACAUCUGCACAAUGCAGGCCGAAACCAUUUUCAGGGAGUCACAACUACAUCACAAGCUGCCCUGACCAUCCUCAAGGAUGGUGUACGACGGUUUGGUCCGUCUGCAGGGAGCGAGCACAUGUUACGAGCUGAAGUCGCGGCAGCCGAAGACGCUAUCAGAACAGGACUAUAUUCCGUCUGGCGUAACGAGCACCUGAUUGGAAAGACGAAAAACGGGAAAUUAUUCCGCACUAAUAACGGAGUGGAGAUCACAGAUUACCAUGAAUGCUUCAGGAUUGGCCCCUCAAGUCGCUGCUUCUGUGGGCACCCAUAUAGAGCUCAUCCCCUCCCAAUUGUGAAGGCGGCACAAUCAGAUGGGGAGCCCGGUACGAGGCCUGCACCUCCUCGCUUUCCACCGCCUUGUUCAGAGUGCCGGUGCUCCGAAUAUCGGUUCAUACCUGAUCAUCCGGAUGCCAUCGCCGAACCAUGGCUCUCGCGGAGAGCUGGAUUUGAUGUUACCGGGCAAAUGGCAAGACCAUAUGACCAUCGUGGAGUCAACGGCUGAGAGGUGCGCAGAGAAUCGUGCUGUUGGCCAGAGCUUCAUGCCUUUCAGUGAAAUGCCGGAACUGCGAGAAAUGUUUUCGGAGAAGAGACGAGCAAGCAGCAACGCACUUCCCUCGGAACAGGCAAAUAGUGAAAACUCCCAUGUUCCGUGACAAGAAUAAAUUGACAGCCAUCGAUUCUUCGUUCUAAAAAGUGUCGCAGGACGGCUUGUCCGUUUGUGCCUAUGCAGCUUUGCCGAUGGCUUGUCUCCAUGCCACUAGGGUAACAGUAUCUGUUGGUGGGUUGACAACAACGCACCCAGGGCAGCACAACACCUCUAUUCUCCGCGGGGGCUGCAACAGGUAGAGAAAACAACAAGCGAGAACGGCUGAUUCUCUGGUCGUGAAUGUGAAUUUCACUAACCACGAAGGCGAGGUAACAUCCGGCAUUUGCUGUCGUGUGUACCUUCUUGAUUUUAUGUCACCGUCGUAGUCCUGCGGCGGAUGGGCGGCUGCACAGUGAGAAGCUCUUCAUAGUGGUUUAAUGCUGGGACUAUACAGUCUCCCCGUAAACUCUCACGGACUUGAGGUGGGUACUAGAAUACAACAUGGGCCAAACGAUCAUAUUUUUACUGAUUCCCUGACGAAACCUAAGAUGCCCGCGGCUUGAUU